CGACCGCGCCCGCGAGCACCGCGCGCACGCCGUGCUGCCGCUUGAAGAAGCCGUGCACGAGGCUAAGGAGCUCCUGGAGUCCAAGCUGAAGGCCUUGAAGAAUGAUCUGGAGGACUAUGAGGUGUUUCGUUCCACCGAAGAGAAGGAGAGCAAGGAGCUCCUGAAGCAGAUGGCAGCUGAGCGAGAGAAGGUGGGGGCAGAGUUUCAGGCACUGCGGGCCUUCCUAGUGGAGCAGGAGGGCCGGCUCCUGGGCCGCCUGGAGGAGCUGUCCCGGGAGGUAACACAAAAGCAGAAUGAGAAUCUAGCCCAGCUCGGGGGCGAGAUCGCCCAGCUAUCCAAGCUCACCAGCCAGAUCCAGGAGACAGCUGGCAAGCCUGACCUUGACUUUCUCCAGGAAUUCAAAAGCACACUAAGCAGGUGCAGCAAUGUGCCUGCCCCCAAGCCAAGCACAGUCUCUUCUGAGAUGAAGAAUAAAGUCUGGAAUGUUUCCCUCAAGACCUUUGUCUUAAAGGGGCUGCUCAAGAAGUUCAAAGAGGAUCUUCGUGGAGAGCUGGAGAAAGAAGAGAAAGUGGAACUGACCUUGGACCCCAACACGGCCAACCCCCGCCUCAUCCUCUCUCUGGAUCUUAAGAGCGUCCGUCUUGGACAGCGGGCCCAGGACGUGCCCAACCACCCGCAUCGCUUCGAUACCAACACAAGAGUCCUGGCGUCCUGUGGCUUUUCGUCUGGGCGGCACCACUGGGAGGUGGAAGUGGGCCCCCAGGAUGGCUGGGCCUUCGGCGUGGCCCGAGAGAGUGUGCGCCGCAAGGGCCUCACGCCCUUCACCCCCGAGGAGGGUGUCUGGGCGCUGCAGCUCAACAACGGGCAGUACUGGGCCGUGACCAGCCCUGAGCGGACACCCCUCAGCUGUGGCCACCUGUCCCGCGUGAGGGUGGCGCUGGACCUGGAGGUGGGGGCCGUGUCCUUCUACGCGACGGAGGACAUGCGCCACCUCUACACCUUCCGUGUCAACUUCCAAGAGCGUGUGUUCCCCCUUUUCUCUGUCUGCUCCACUGGCACCUACUUGCGAAUCUGGCCUUGAGAGACAUUGCAGGGUCCCAGAGGCAGUGGGUCAGGCAAAGGUGACCGCCUUCUCCUGGCUGCCCUUGGGAAGGGACGUUCUCCCUCGGAGCUUCCUGGUCACUUGCAUCUGCCCUUCACUCUUCUUGCCCCAGGCUGCCUUAGAGAGGCUUCUGGAGACUAAGCCUCAGAAGCAGGAGACUGAAAGGGGCUCUGUGUUCAACUGAGCAGAGGAAGAGAGGCCUGGGACCCCCAGGGCCUGUCCCCUACCUGUUUGUUCCUGGCAUGUGGACUUGGCACCAGCUCUGAGGAGGUAGAGGCGGGUGAGGAUGGGAGCCCAGCUGUUCACGGGUGCUUCCUCUUACUGGGGCUUACUGCUCAGACUCAGCAGAGCCUCUGGCUCCUUGGAACAACACCACACCCUGGCCCUGUGUUGUCCUCAGUUGCAAGGGGCACAUUUGGGGCCAGGCCAGCCAGGUUCAUGAUCACUUCUGUUUUGCCUUCUUGUCAGCAGCCAGCUCUGCCUUCAGAGACCUGAAUCCAGCUGGCCUAAUCAAAUCAUCUACUCAGGGAGGAGCACUGUGCUAGCUCAAAGGACAUUCUGGGCCAGAACUGGAAAGAGACCCUUGACCUGUACACGAGGGAAAAGCCCCGGACAAUAUAUAGGCAUGGCUACCCUCUAACAUCCAUAAACUGAUGAUACAGAGUGAUAUGUAUGUACAUCCUUGGCCACAGUGACAGCCACAUGUUCUCACAGAUGCCUAAACCCCUCUCAAGUGCCAAAGUACAGUCUCCCUGGGUAAGGAAACAAAAGGUUUUGGAAUUUUGAAACAUGAGAGUACUCACAAUUUUACAGAUGCAACUAACACCAGCAUGGAAACCCAGAGCACAAACAUGCACCUGACAGAUUGUUUCUGGAACCUGCCAAAUGUAUGCUAACAGCGGAGGACCCUGGUGCCAAAACCAGCUCAGCCUGAGUCCUGGUGGCUAUCACCCUGGCUAAUUGUUCCCCAGCUUCUGUAAGGCUGGGCUUCUGGGAGGGUCGUGGUGGGCUGUUCCUUGCUUAGUGCUCCCCAGGAAAGGGGGAUGGAGAUGGAAAUACAGACGAUGAGUUCAUUUCUA